ACAAAGAACCCUUCGGCCCACGCGGGUCUCCCGGCAACCGGCGCGGGUGGGGGCGGGGCUGGCAUCUUCCGCUGGUGCGGAACCGAGCGAACAGCCGCGGCGCGGCGGGGGCCGUUCCUGCUCUCUCCGCGCGACCCGCCACGUCCCUUCCCGCCCCGCGCGACCCGCGUCCGCCCGCUGCUCGCUCCUCCGCAGCGCACCGACCUGCGACCAGACCUGGAAUGCGCACCCCGCCGGCCCCCGGGGGCCAGGGCAGCGAGGUGCCAGGCCCCACCUUUGCUGAUGGCGAGGUCCUCCCCAGGGAGCCCGGCUUCUUUCCUGAGGAUGAGGAGGAGGCUAUGACACUGGCCCCACCCGAGGGCCCCCCCGAGUCAGACAUGGACAGCCCCAUGGAGAGCACCCAGAGCCUGGAGGGGCCCGUCGGGAGCCCUGCGGAGGAGAAGGACGGGGGUCUCGGGGGCCUGCUCCUGCCCGAGGACAAGUCCCUGGGCCACACUCCAUCCAUGACGACUUCAGACCUCUCCACACACUCCACCACCUCGCUCAUCAGCAACGAGGAGCAGUUUGAAGACUACGGGGAGGGAGACGACGUGGACUGUGCUCCCAGCAGCCCCUGCCCCGACGACGAGACCAGGACCAACGUCUACUCGGACCUGGGGUCUUCAGUGUCUUCCAGUGCGGGGCAGACGCCCCGGAAAAUGCGGCACGCGUACAACAGCGACUUGCUGGAUGUCUACUGCUCUCAGUGCUGCAAGAAAAUCAACCUGCUGAAUGACUUGGAAGCCCGACUGAAAAACCUGAAGGCCAACAGCCCCAACCGGAAGAUCUCCAGCACGGCUUUUGGACGGCAGCUCAUGCACAGCAGCAACUUCAGCAGCAGCAACGGCAGCACCGAGGACCUGUUCCGGGACAGCAUUGACUCCUGUGACAACGACAUCACGGAGAAGGUGAGCUUCCUGGAAAAAAAGGUGACGGAACUGGAGAAUGACAGCCUGACCAAUGGGGACCUGAAGAGCAAGCUGAAGCAGGAGAACACCCAGCUGGUGCACAGGAGGGGCGUUAGUGACUUGGGGUCCAGGGCUCCCCGUGGCUGCAACCUGGGUGGGGUGAGAAGACACAGGCCAUGGAAGCUGGCCCUGGACUGGAGUCCGCCCCUCCACAGGGUGCACGAGCUGGAAGAGAUGGUGAAGGAUCAGGAGACGACGGCCGAGCAGGCCCUGGAGGAGGAGGCGCGGCGACACCGAGAGGCUUACAGCAAGCUGGAGAGGGAGCGGAGCACGGAGAUCGAGCUGCUGCACACCAGGGUGCAGCAGUUAGAGGAGGAAAACACAGAGCUCAGGACCACGGUGACUCGGCUCAAGUCGCAAACAGAGAAACUGGACGAGGAGCGGCAGCGUAUGUCCGACCGGCUGGAGGACACCAGCCUGCGGCUCAAGGAUGAGAUGGACCUGUACAAGCGCAUGAUGGACAAGCUGCGGCAGAACCGCCUCGAGUUCCAGAAGGAGCGGGAGGCCACGCAGGAGCUCAUCGAGGACUUGCGGAAGGAGCUGGAGCACCUGCAGAUGUACAAGCUGGACUGCGAGCGGCCAGGCAGGGGCCGCAGCGCAUCCUCCGGCCUGGGCGAGUUCAACGCCAGGGCCCGCGAGGUGGAGCUGGAGCAUGAGAUCAAGCGACUCAAGCAGGAGAAUCAUAAGCUGAGGGAUCAGAAUGACGACUUGAAUGGGCAGAUCUUGAGCCUCAGCCUCUACGAAGCAAAGAACCUCUUUGCCACCCAGACCAAAGCACAGUCCUUGGCUUCGGAAAUCGACACGGCCUCGCGCGAUGAGCUUAUGGAAGCCCUCAAGGAGCAGGAGGAGAUCAACUUCCGGCUGCGGCAGUACAUGGACAAGAUCAUCCUCGCCAUCCUGGACCAUAACCCCUCCAUCCUCGAGAUCAAACACUGAGACGGGGGCUGGCUGCAGAGCGGCCUCGGGACCCCGGGACCCCGGGACCCCAGGACCCCAGGACCGAAGGGCAGACCCUGCCUGAGGAUGCGGCCCCAGCCGGGCCCCCCCCACACACUGAAAAUGUAUCCCUGGCCACCAUGUAAUGUGUACUGGUGUGGACGCUGAGCACACAGCGAGGGGUGAGCGUGGGGCCGUGGCUGGGGGUGACUCGGCGCCGUUAGCUGUCCAUGCACUUUGUGGUCCCUUUGCAGGGGCAGAGCGUCCUGGAGGUUUCGGGGGGCAAGGUCUGCAAUCAGGAGUGACUGUAAUAACAAGAACUGGAAGCUUGUGUUGCAGAUACUGGAUAAAAUGAUUCUACCUCUGGGGGUGAGGAUUAAAUACUCUAGGGAGACAGCUCUUUCUCCCACCCAUGCCUUCUGGGAGCAGGAGCAAAGUUAUGACCUUUCCUGGGAGUUCAGCUGUCCAGCAGCGGUGUCCUCGCCAGCCUCUGUAGCCACCUUUGAAGUCCAGGUGCUGGAGCUCAGAGAGGAGGAAGUGGCGUUUAGGGGGACAUGAGGAGGGGCCCCCACCAGCCCCCUCCCCGGCCGGCAGCCCCUGCGAUGCUUGUGCGCCGUGUGUCCAAAGGACUCGGGCUUGCUGCCGAGCCACCUUCAUUCUGAGAAGCCUCGUGUUUUUAGCACCCUCCGUGCCCCUCCCAUCCCUGCUGACCUACCUCCCUUCCUGUUUUGUUUUGUUUUUGAGACCAUGAAAAAUAAGCAGCGUUCACUUGGCUGUAACGUGCAGGGAUUAAAGGAGGGAGAAGGAGGCUGAGGGACGGGGGUGUUUCAGGCACGUGUUGGCAUCGGGCAACCAAAGACGUGGUUUUCGGGGAGGAGCACGCUCGCCUCCCCACCAGGUUCCUUCCGCCGGCUGCAUCUGGAAAGAGAAGCCAGGAUGGACCGUCAGCCGCUUCUGGGGCUGGCAGUGGACCUUGCUCACCACCCUGCGUUCUGCGCAGCCUGGUGACAGCAGCCGCGGGCGCGGGUGUUCAGAGCCAGGCCUGUGGGCUGGGCUCAGCUGGGCAGGGAGACCCCGGCAUCCCAACUUUUAGGAACACACCUGCGUUCGGUCCUCAGCCAGUGGGAAACGAAUGCUGUCCUGGUGGGAGACACAGUUGGGGAAGUUUCAGGGAAACCUUAGUCGUCCGUCCUCGGGGCACGUGUGGGAGUUCACACACAUUUUCAAUGUGAUCUUUUGUUGGGGCAGCUGGGAGUAGAUAGGGUACUUUUCCUCUGAGUUGUCCCAGUGGUUCUCCAUUUUAUAUGGCCGAUUCGUUUCCUCAAUCCAAAUAUAUAAACAUGGAUGGUCUUCAUUUCCCCCCCGAAGUUUGCUUUCGUUAGCACUUCUAGUGUACAGGGAAAGUUUGGGCAUGUUGUGGAGGGCGUGGGGGGGAGUAUGCCGAGAAGGUAGGGUAGUGGCGGGUGAAGAGGGCCCCUGGGGACUUGGGGGUUCCCUGCUCACAGAGGUAGGCUGCGGCCACGACCCACCUUCUUUCCAGUCCUGUCAGCUUUUGCUUUGGUUGGAUUGUGUGAUUUCUUUUCAAGAAUAUGUGUGGGGUUUGUUUCAAGCGGCAAAUAACGGGACUGCGUUGGCUUGAUCUAGGAGUUUGGGGCCCCCCACACCAGGAAAACCAGGGCAGGAGUCCGUCCUCCGGAGCUUCUCAACCCCUUGGGACACUGGUCUCCUCGGGCUCCGCUGAGGGUCUGAGCAGUGGCUCUGAGAAGUGGCCGUGGAAGGAAAGCAUAGGGAGCCGGUCUCUCAAGAAUUUGCUAAUAGGACGGAGCGCCAUGAAUGAAAGGAAAGGAACGAUAAACUUGGCCUGGCUUUGGUCUGGGUUUUACUUGGGAAGGAGUCCCGCAGAGAUGGUGGGGCUUGCCCCAGGGAUGAGCGUUUUAUGUGUAAAACUGUACAAGCUCCUUAGCUGCAGGGAGGUGGGAGGCUGCCCUGCCUGAGUUGCAGUCGCAGUGUGGGAAGGGAUUUUGCCUGGGGAAAGGGGCGGGAAAAGCGGUCAGCCCGCAGCGUUCUGCGCCUCCUCCUGCAGGGGGCGCCACAGGCACACUCCCCGAGGAAGCCCCGCGUCUGCAAGGCCCUCAGGACCUGGUGCAGGGGCGUGGGGCCUCUGGACGAGGGCGGACUUUAACACGAGGCUGAAGUCCAUGUAACACACACCUCAAGUUACACCCAGCCUCUGACAUCAGCCAGAAUACCUCUUAGGAAACCUCGUCUGUCCCAUUGGCUUUUUCAGAUGACACUUUAGAAAAGCUCUUCUGUGCUUGAAAGCUAGCCUGAGGAGGGCGGGUGCCUCGGGGUCCCAGCCCCCCAACCCCGCAGGUCCCAGAGCUGCACUGACCUGGGUCUGCCCCGUUCCUGUGCUGCCUCCUCCCUCGUGUGUGCUCAGGUUGAGGGUCCUGCCCUGCUCGCUCAGUCCUGGUGAACAGUAUCCAGGAUGCCCAGUGAAAUUUGAAUUUCAGGUAAACGACCUAAUUUUUAGUAGAAGUCUAUUCCACACAAUAGUUGGCACAUAAUUAAAAUGGAGAGAUUUUUGAAAUUCUGAUCACAGGCCCAAAUCCCUAGAGGUUCUGAUUUCAUGGGUGUGGGUGUGGCCCAGGCUUCGGACGUUUAAAAUUCCCCAGGUGAUUGUGAUUUGCCUGGGUGGCCUGUGUGGGUUUUGGUUUUGGUUUUGGUUCUUGCUAAACCCAGGUAGGAACCAGCACUACCUAGAGCAGCGGUCACCAACCUUUCGGACCUCACGGACCACCAUUGUCCGCGGACGACUGGCUGGUGACCGCUGCCCUAGAGGGGCUUCUGCAGAGACGCCCACUUUAUAUGACACUGGCCUGUCCUUGCACUCAACUCAAAGCCAGACAGGACUCACGGAGCCGGCACGUUAGUUUUAUCUACAGAAUCUAAUAGAACGGAAGCCCCUUCUGUUAGAUUCUGUGGGAAGGUAUAAGGAAUAAAGUUCUAGUACAAAAAAAUUUUAACUUUGACGUGGCCAGAGUUAGACAAGAUGUUUUAUUUUAAAUGUGUUAGAUCCUUGCCGAAUUGUAAGAGGGACCUUUCUUUAGCUUGACUUGACUUCUGACCUGUUAAAAACACAAAGCCUGAGACGAGAACCUUCCCAGGCCCUUGGACCUGAAAGGGUGGUUCUCUGCUCUGGCUGGACAUUGGCAUCGCCUGGGGGGAUUUUUAAAAUUCUGCUGACUGGGCUGACAAGUUGGGGUUUAAUUGUCCUGGGUAUGGCCCAGGCGUCUAGAUGUUGGAAGGGCUCCCCGGGUUUUGCUAAUGUGCAGCCCGGGGACUGGGGGCUGGGGCCUGUCCUGGAAGGUUGCUGGCCAGGGUCAGGGAACACGGGAGGAAGUGGCUGUUGGGCUUCUUAAUCCAGGUGUUAGAUGACAGGCAGUCUCCUGCUGGGCGGGUGGUGGGUUUUCCUAAGGUGACUUCCGAUGGCAGGAAGUUAGCAGACCCCUUGACCCCAGAAUGCCAGGCCAGAAGCCUUCAGGAGCUGGCGAAUCCACCUGUUCUCGCCAGCCUGUGGGUUAGCCAUCUUGAGUGGGCAGGUCUGCUUGGUGCCCGCAGUCAGUGGGUGGCAGGAGUGGGGAUGGAGGAGGAGGAGCAGGACAGCCUGGCAGGGAGCCGACAAGCAGCCUCAAACAGUGGGCUUUGCCUCGGGUCGGUGUCCCCUGGGUGGGUAAGGGUUGCCCCAGCUCCUCCCUGAGUAACCAAACCAACACCCGCCCACAAUCAGGAGGCUCCAGGUGCUGUGACACCCGGGAGUCUGAUUCCUGGCCCAGUCAGGAGGGCACAGUGUGGGCGCUUUUGUUACAAUGAGCGACAGAGGCCUCCCAGGACUCCCGGGGCCGUGGGUCAGGGAGAAAUGAGCCCUCUUUUUGUGCUCUGUGGGGGUCUGUUUACUAGUAAUGAAUUAGCAAAUUUAACCCUAAAAGCUAAUGUAGAUGUGGUUGGAAACGGGAAGUUUUUGGAUGGUCACCAUUCCAAGGAAAUGACUUAGUUGUCCCCGCAGAUCUGCACCUGAGGUGGGUGUUAGAUUGAGGAGAGGGCCGUUCCCUGCUGUCAUCUCCAGCCUUUCUUCCUUUGGGACUAGGCAGCCCCUCUAGGGCUGUGAUUCAGGCUGGGAGACAGGCACGCUGCUGCGGGGCCUCAGGCUAGGGGGCCAGGCCCUCCCCGUCACUCUGAGCAAGUCCCUCCCCUUCCCUGACCCUGGGACCUCCGGGUCCUGCCCUCCUGCUCUGUGUGUGCAUGAGAGGGCGGGGGGCAGGGGGAGCAGGACCACGGCUGCCCCCCUCAUGGCAGGGCAACUCCAAGGCUGCCCACCUGGGAAAAUAGACCACUUUCUAGAAAGUUGUUUUUAAAAGCGUAAACCCUGGUGAAGUCGAUGCGCCAUGAUUUUGUUGCUCCGACCUUGUGCUUCUCUUCCCGUUGUGACUGUAGCGGGGGAUGUCUGCCCAAGCCCCCCAGGAGGGGUGGCUGGGAGUGGCACCCCAGGGCCACCCCCGCAGGAUCUAAGUGCUGUUGUCCCAGGAGCCCGAGCCUCCUGCUGGGACCCGCUGUUCUGUGCUGCACAGGCUGCGUUUUGUCUGCAUGGUUUGGGGUCAUUGUCCUUGUGCCUUUUUCUUCCCCGUCACCCCUGUACAGGACUUUCCACGUUGCCACUGCCCCCUUUUCUACAUCCUCGCGUUGCCCCUGGCCCUUCCCGAGCCCUGUAAAUGUGUACAUAGUGUUGCACUUCGUGUCCGCGUGCCUCCGCCACGUCCGGCCUGCUCCCCGUGUCCCAGCUCGCCCGCCGCGGGGACCAGGCUCCACUGCCCCUUCGUCACCCAGCCGUGCAGACGUGGUCACUUGUACAGAAUUUUCCAUGAUGGUCUUAAGCUUGGGGGGCUCGGGCCCACUUAGUCCCUCGUCUAGCCUGCUGCUAGUGUAGAAGCCUCGCACAUCAGAAAGGGUGGCUUUGUGUAAACUUCUCCCACAAACCUCUCCUGCGUUGGCGUCAAUAUUUAUAGAAAGUAGAGCGCACCUUCCCAGCCUGGGGCUUCAGCCCGGCAGGGACGUUCCGGGUCUGCCAGCUCCGUGGGCCCCUCGGAGAUGCACCCCCGCCCCCGGGGAAGCCGCUGCCAUCUGGUGUCUAGAUCAGCUGCGGACAGGUGGGCAGAGGGAAGAGGCUUCUCGCUGCUGCCCCGCCUGCCGUUAACAACUGCCAAGCUCUCCCUCAUCUGCUGAAGGUGCUCAGACCCGGGUGCCAUUAAAUCCCCCACUGACAUCGGACCGAGGUCAGACCGGGCGAGGCUGCAGACUCUCGCAGCCGGCUGGCUCCCUUCACCCCAGCUCUCUCAGCUGGGCCUCCUGGGGGGAAGGGGACGGGGAGUUCCAAUGGAAUGAGUUGCACGUGUGGCCUCAGGUCCAAGGGUUGGUUGAUGGCUUUGCCUCUGUGGGUUCCACCUGAGUCUGUAGCCCCAGGAGCCUCCAUCUGGAAGCGGGCUUAGCUCUCAGCCCUCGGGCUCAGUGAGACCCCGCCUCCAGGCCCCAGGGUGGGGGAGAGUGGGGUGAGGCCCCAAGGCUGUGAGCCAGGGUCCCGAGCUCUCCACCCCCAGCCUGCUUCCAGCCCAAAAGAAGCAGGCUCUCAGAGGCGGGCUCCCUCGGGAACUAAUGUACAGACUGAGGUGUAAAUAAACAGUUUGCUUUUCUUGCCUGA